AUUCUGAAAAUCGAUAUUUUAGCGUCAUCUGCUAGCUGAUGUCGUCUGCUGCUGUUAUAUAGAAUUCGUCACUUGAGUGAAUCAGCACAAUAAGACAACACGUUUAAUUGAAAGCAGAGAACCAUACAGUUACAAGAAAAUGGCUUCUGCUGCAGCACCACACAAAGAAACUGAUCUGGACAUCAAGGCGCGAAGAGCGAUGGAACGCGUUUCUGAAAACAUGCAUGUCGUGGCCAACGAGCCUAGCUUAGCUUUGUACCGCCUCCAAGAGCAUGUCCGGAAAGCGCUUCCCUUUAUGGUGGAGAAACGCGGUGAAUUCGGACAACUCCACGAGCAGCUACAGGGACGCUGCUACGACGCGGACUACGCUGUCAGUGCCGUCAACGAGAUCACCAAGGCCAAGGAUCCUUUUGAGGCGUGCGCCGCGUCGUUGAAGAACGCCAUUUUCUACCGACAACAGCUGCGUUAUCGUGACUCGCGAAAUUUGGCCAAUUUGUCCCCAUUGAGUUGACUGCCUGAUUGCCCGGAGAUUCCAAAUUUCUUUUGUGACAAAAGAAGAGCCAAUCCAUGUACAAGCGCUUUUCAGCGUCGGAGCCGUCGACGGGUAGCGAAUUACCACCGCCCGGACCGACCAGGCCGCAAAGCAGUAUUUACCAGCCGUGAUUUCUACAUCUUUGACCACAUUUUACACCUGAUUAUUUGGUUGGGUUCGACAUGGAGGGAAUAACAACUGCUUCACCGCCCACCACAAGGAUGUAAAACUUUAUACACUUGACUUGUAACGAAUAUUAAAUACGACUAACCUUCAACUAUA